CUCCUUCUCUCCUUAAUAACUGGCAUGCCAGCGCCUGUUGAGCGCGUUCUGCACAAGGUCCUUUCGUGUAAUUGUUUGGCUUGACAAAAGGCGAUAGGUAUGCGACACUCCGGCGUCAAAGAGCGCUGGCUGUGCUUCCGGUUUAAAACCCUCUCUUCAACCUCUCCUCUCAAAACUGCUCAAGCAUCUCUCUCAUGGAAUUUUCAUACUCAUCGCGGCAAACUGGACUGCUUCAUCGCAAUAGGCAGCACCCUAACCGCUUGCAAGCCAAAUUCGCGAGGAUGAGAAAUGCAGCCAGCGGCGACGGGUCUGUCUCUCCGUUCAUCACUGUCUGUUUCGUAAAUGGAGACGACCCCACCGCUAAUGGUUUACCACCUCUGCGAUCAGUCGCCGAUAUCGAUAAUCUUUCGGAAGCAGACGCCAUGGCCUAUCUUACAGGUUAUGGUUUCAAUGACGUCCCAGAUGAUGUAGUUACAAGACGCGGUCUUAUCAAGAUUGCCAUUGGCUCUUUUGAAGCGCUCGAAAGGUUGCAGAUCCCUCGUACGUUGGUACGCGAAACGCCGCGUCAUCUGCUUCACGAAGUGUGAUUGGUACCAUUCGACUAAGACUACCAAUGAGGAUGAACUAUUUCACUUUCUAUGUCGUUGCAAGAUAUACCAUGAGUUCCCACACAAAUGACAUUUAUGAUUGCA